AAGCGGUAGUUGGGCCCGGCUGCGGCGGAGCGUUCGCUCGGAGAUGGCGGAGUCGCCGCGACGCGGCCCGAGGCCCCGCGAGCUGGGAAGCCGGGCGGCCCCGGGACGCGGCGGGGCCCGGGGACAGCGGGGACGCCGCCCCCUCCAGAGGGUAUGAAGCUAAAAUGCGGUUUGUUACAACACGAGAACUUGACAGGCCUGACCUUUGAAUCCCAGUUCCUCCACGGACGGAGCUUUGUGAUAGUGGAGUGUGGGGCCGCCAUGCUUGUGGACUUUGCUGAUUUCUGAUGUGAAAGCCUCCACCAGAGCUGAGGAAGCUCAAGUCUCAGCCUAAGGCAUGGGCCAGGGGGCCAUGGUGACCUGAGACCAGUGGGUUCUGUCCAUUGCAGCCUGUUGUUCCUCUGCCUCCCUAUCCUAGAUUGAAAGGGUUUGUGUCCAUCUCAUCAAGGAACUGACCCUAAGAGAAUCCCUUUCCCGUAUUUUUCUCUUCUUCUGCCCUACCGAGACCAUUCCAGCCCACAGAGCUCCUACCUCCCAUCUCCUGAGGUGGUCCCCGUCGCUUCCUCAUUUUCCCUCGCCAUGCUCCAGCUGUGGAAGGUGGUACGCCCUGCUCGGCAGCUGGAACUGCACCGCCUCAUACUGCUGCUGAUAGGUUUCAGUCUUGUCUCCAUGGGAUUCCUGGCUUACUAUGUGUCCACCAGCCCCAAGGCCAAGGAACCCUUGCCUCUGCCCUUGGGAGACUGUAGCAGUGGGGCAGCUGGCCCUGGCCUUGCACGGCCACCAGUCCCACCUCGACCCCCUAGGCCUCCAGAAACCACCCGAACGGAACCUGUGGUCCUCGUGUUUGUGGAGAGUGCAUACUCACAAUUGGGCCAGGAAAUUGUGGCCAUUUUGGAGUCCAGUCGUUUUCGUUAUAGCACUGAACUAGCACCUGGCCGAGGGGAUAUGCCCACACUGACUGAUCAUACCCAUGGCCGCUAUGUCUUGUUCAUCUAUGAGAACCUUCUGAAGUAUGUCAACUUGGAUUCCUGGAGUCGAGAACUGCUGGACCGGUACUGUGUGGAGUAUGGUGUAGGCAUCAUUGGCUUCUUCCGAGCCCAUGAGCAUAGCCUAUUGAGUGCCCAGCUUAAGGGCUUUCCCCUUUUUCUAUACUCAAAUUUGGGGCUCCGGGACUACCAAGUGAAUCCUUCAGCCCCUCUACUACAUCUCACCCGCCCCAGCCGCUUGGAGCCGGGCCCACUGCCUGGUGACGACUGGACCAUCUUCCAGUCCAAUCACAGUACCUAUGAGCCCGUGCUCCUGGCCAGCCAUCGGCCAGCUGAGCUCCCUGUACCAGGACCGGUGCUUCGGCGGGCCCGGCUCCCCACUGUGGUCCAGGACUUGGGACUUCAUGAUGGCAUUCAGCGGGUGCUGUUUGGACACGGCCUUUCUUUCUGGCUUCAUAAACUUGUUUUUGUUGAUGCUGUGGCAUACCUCACUGGGAAGCGCCUCUGCCUGGACCUUGACCGCUACAUCUUAGUGGACAUCGAUGACAUCUUUGUGGGCAAAGAAGGUACUCGCAUGAAGGUGGCUGAUGUUGAGGCUCUGUUGACCACCCAGAACAAACUCAGGACCUUAGUUCCCAACUUCACCUUCAACCUGGGCUUCUCGGGCAAGUUCUACCACACUGGGACCGAGGAGGAGGACGCAGGGGACGACAUGCUGCUGAAGCACCGUCAGGAGUUCUGGUGGUUCCCUCACAUGUGGAGCCACAUGCAGCCACACCUCUUCCACAACCGCUCUGUGCUGGCUGACCAGAUGAGACUCAACAGGCAGUUCGCUCUGGAGCAUGGGAUUCCUACUGAUCUGGGAUAUGCUGUGGCCCCCCACCACUCGGGCGUGUACCCCAUCCACACGCAGCUCUAUGAGGCCUGGAAAUCUGUAUGGGGCAUCCAGGUGACCAGCACUGAGGAGUAUCCCCAUCUCCGCCCUGCCCGCUACCGCCGUGGUUUCAUUCACAAUGGCAUCAUGGUGCUCCCCCGGCAAACAUGUGGCCUCUUCACCCACACGAUCUUCUACAAUGAGUAUCCUGGAGGUUCUCGUGAACUAGAUCGGAGCAUCCGAGGCGGAGAGCUCUUUCUGACAGUGCUGCUUAAUCCGAUCAGCGUCUUUAUGACCCAUCUGUCAAACUACGGAAACGACCGUCUGGGCCUGUACACCUUUGAGAGCCUGGUGCGCUUCCUCCAGUGCUGGACACGACUGCGCCUGCAGACCCUCCCUCCUGUCCCUCUUGCACGAAAGUACUUUGAACUUUUUCCUCAGGAGCGAAACCCCCUUUGGCAGAAUCCCUGUGAUGACAAGAGGCACAAAGAUAUCUGGUCCAAGGAGAAAACCUGUGAUCGUCUCCCCAAGUUCCUCAUUGUGGGACCGCAGAAGACAGGCACCACCGCUAUUCACUUCUUCCUGAGCCUGCACCCAGCUGUGACAAGCAGCUUUCCGAGCCCAAGCACCUUUGAGGAGAUUCAGUUCUUCAGUGGCCCUAAUUACCACAAGGGUAUUGACUGGUACAUGGACUUCUUCCCUGUUCCUUCCAAUGCCAGCACUGACUUCCUCUUUGAAAAAAGUGCCACCUACUUUGACUCAGAGGUUGUACCGCGGCGGGGGGCUGCCCUUUUACCAAGAGCCAAGAUCAUCACUGUGCUCACCAACCCUGCUGACAGGGCCUACUCCUGGUACCAGCACCAGCGAGCACAUGGAGACCCGGUUGCUUUGAACUAUACGUUCUACCAAGUGAUUUCCGCCUCCUCUCAGGCCCCCCUGGUACUUCGGUCCUUGCAGAACCGUUGUCUUGUUCCUGGCUACUAUUCUACCCAUCUGCAGCGCUGGCUGACUUACUAUCCUUCUGGACAGGUACGGUCUCCCAAGAGCAGAGCCUUUGUUAGGGUCCCCUCCCUUCAGCCCAGUCUUAGGAAUCUAGAGGGAACCACACCCCUGUCCCUUCAGUUGCUGAUUGUGGAUGGGCAGGAGCUUCGUAUCAACCCAGCAGCCUCCAUGGAGAUCAUCCAGAAGUUCUUGGGUAUCACCCCCUUUCUGAACUACACGAGGACCCUCAGGUUUGAUGAAGAUAAAGGAUUCUGGUGCCAGGGACUUGAAGGUGGUAAGACUCGCUGUCUGGGGAAAAGCAAAGGCCGGAGAUACCCAGACAUGGACCUGGAGUCUCGCCUUUUCCUUACCAACUUUUUCCGGAACCAUAAUUUGGAACUAUCAAAGCUGCUGAGCCGGCUUGGACAGCCAUCCCCCUUGUGGCUUCGGGAAGAAUUGCAGCAUUCCACUGUGGGCUGAUGCCCCCGCCUUCCCAUACCAGCAAAAAGCCUGCUGCUUCACUGAGGGGCAAGCCUUACUUAGAGCAGGGCCCACAAGGGGGAUUAGCGUGGCCUGGCCCGUUACCCCUCUACCUCAGUGGCCCUCCCAGGACUGGAAUGGCUGAAAAGGGCAUCCAUCCCUUUCCCAUAGUUUUGGGGCCUAAAUAAGGGGGCUUCCCUUGGUACCCUGUAUCAUGGUACUAGGUACCUUUGACCUAUGAACCUGGGAGGUGAGGAAGAGAGGGUCCAAGGAGGGGGUAGAAGAAUGUAUUAAUUCAGUGAUUUCCCUCUUCAUCCCUAGCAGUUUAUCUGUCUAUGCCUACCCAUGAGAGGGCCCCUUUGCUACGGCCCCUUGAAUCAGACAGUGGGAUCUACCUGUGGCCUGGCCUCCCUAGUGUCAUUCACAUUGAAUGGGGAUGAGGUCGGACAGUUGCUCAUAGAGCUGAAUAUGAGCCCCAGCUGUGGGCCAGAAAUGUCCUUAAUAAACAUCCUUAUUUUUC